UUUAGCAAAAUUUACCCCUCCAAUGAUAAAAAGUAAAUGUUUUCUAAACAUAAACUUUUCAGAUGAAGACACCAUGUUUACUUUAAAUUCUAAAUUGCCAGUUAGUCAAGACAGAAAUAUUUCAAAAUUAGCACAACAUAAUGCUUUUCAAUUAGUUAUUUCAUCUAGUGCUUUAAAAAGACUGAUGGAUUGUGACAAUUGGAACUACGAUUGGGAUAUACCUGUUAUAAUUAAGACAGAGAGGGGUAAGAAAAUUGUAUUUGUAGACAAGACAUUACCUCAAAAGGCACCAACAGUAAGACAACUAAAUGAGAAAUUAUAUAAAAAUGGGCUCAAAGCAAAUUUUUGUUAUUUUAAAAUGCUAAGACCAACAUAUAUUUUAGUUUUGAACAUAUUGAAGAAAUAAUUCCCGAUCCAACUUCACACGAAACUAAAGAAUUGUCUGAUGUGAUCAAUUUUGAUGAAAGAGACGAUAAAGAAGAAAUUUCAAAUAUAAAAAUGAAUUUAUCUAGACACAAUGUUUCCUAUCGAAUUUGGAGUUUCAAGCCGAAAUUAAAAGAUAAUUUACCAAAAAGAGACGAAUUAGAAUUGCGAAUUUUAAUUCGGUGUAAACUGGAUGCUUGUGAAAAAUUAGAAAAUAAUACUUUACAACCGGUUGUUGUUGCCCCUAAACUAGAGUACCAGUUAGGCUAUGGAGCCGAGGAACCCACUAAAAGUGAAUUAUCAAACCUUUGGACCAGUUUAUUUUUCAGACCAUAUUCAAAUUUACACAGAGUUCGUUUGAAUCCUGCAAAUGGAGAAGUUAUUCUAACAGAGGCAUGUUCACUGCAAACUGUGAACUUAGAAGCGAUGCAUUUUCACAAGAACAAGCCCUCUCUAGGAUUGCACGUUGUUUACAGGAUUUGUCAAGAACUUGUGCAACAAGAAAUUGGCGCUUACAUAUUACACCACACGCCCAAAGAAGGAGCAUUUGUUUCAUUAUUAAAAGCUGUUGAAAUUAAUAAAGGUGAACCGCGAAUUGGAGUAUACGAUUUGCAUACAGAGUACAAGGUGAUUAACUGUGAGCCAGUUCAUAAGCAUCCGUGGAGACCCAUUGAUCCAAAUUUUAUUUUGCCCAUUCAUACUGCAUUCAAACGAAUGCCAGGGAUGUUCAUACCCCGUGACAAGAAGGAUCCAGUAAAAGCAAAACGAAAAAAGAAGAGUAAAUCGUUGAGGAAUAAGAAAAGAUGAAUAACCAAGUAAUUAUUGUAACUAAUAAUUGUAAAUAAAAUACUUUUCAUUGAU